UAUGUUCUUUUCCAUUAAAAAGAAUGCGUCUUUUACAGAUUUCAAUAUAACCACAAAUGGUUGAUUGUUUUAAUGCUAAGAUAAGUAUUAAUGGUUUGUAUUUGAAAAUCAAAUUAUAUAAGCGAAAAAUAGUAAGAUACAUUAUGUAUAUCUUAAAACACCCCCUUCUCAGUUACUACUUCGGCGAAUAUCAUUUGAUAAUUUAGAUGAUCAGAAUUAAACACCGUUUUGCUAUGUUAUUAUUUUUUUAUGAUUGGGUGGGGGUAUACUUAAUUAGGGGAUUGGAUUGAAAGAUUAUAGCUACCAUCUUAUGGAGACAUAAUGUGUGGUGCAUUUACGGUCUUAUAAAGCUCUAUUCUUACAUAAAGAAUUCUUGAUUUGCACGGAAGUGUUUUAGCCGUGAUCAUUUUAAGUCAUGCUUAUGCCAAGAUCUGGUCCAUCUCUGAGACAACAAAAACGUAAAUAAAUGGAAGAUAAAAGCAAGAAAGACAACCCUAAUAAAGGAGUCAGGACUAAGACUAGUAAUUAUUUCCCCUUAUUUCAUGAUGGACGAAUGUAGUGCGAGUUAUAAAUAGACAAUUUUUCCCUUAAUUUUUUUCUCCCCUCUUCCUGCAUUUUUGGGUUGACUUUUUGGUCUAGAAUUGGAGAAAAGGGAUCAAAUUUGCAAUUUCAUAGCAGUUUUGGGUAAUACUGAUGAUAUUACAGCGGAGGGAUAGGGGGUGUAAAGUGUCUUUCUGCAGAGCAGUCAUUGUGUCGGAAGUGAGAUUUUCACCCCUGUCAACUUCAAAUCCUUGUAGCAAAAAAUCUAAACGGUCAACCCCCUACAAAAUUAUGAUGAGAAGAUUGCCAAAUGUUGUCCCCAUUGUGCCUAUAAAGAUUGGAACCAACGGAAUGUUGAGCAAAAAGCUACAGCCUGUGAUGUUACAGUCAUUUAACAUUGAAGUCAAUGGGCAAAUAAUUGCUAGUCUGAGUCCUGAUGAUAUAAAGAAGCAUGGCCGACUCGGGAUGUUGAUAUUUUUUCAACGGCUUAUUUCCUGAAGUUUUGAAUGGAAAGUGUCAGAAAUGGUAAGAAUACUGCUUUUUUAUUGCCCAGCAGUAAGUUUUUUGACUAUUUGGUAUCAAAAUAGCCAUGAUUGGGGGUAUCCGUUGGUUGAGUGUGAAUUUUGGGUUGUAAAUGUGUAACAUUUUGUUCACAAUGAUAUCAAAACAUGGCCACAGCUACGAAGCAGAUUCCAACCACCACCAGGCUUCCACCAACCACCACCAGGCUUCCACCAACCACCACCAGGCUUCAACCGACCACCACCAGGAUUCCAACACCCGGAUUCUGCUACCAGUACCAACCAAGUCGACAACCAAAUCAGCACCAACCAAGUCGACAACCAAACCAACCAAGUCGACAACCAAACCAGCGCCAACCAAAACGACAACCAAACCAGCGCCAACCACCCCCAGAAAAUGCAGGUGUCGUGAAAGCCUUCUUUCAGGUCCUCCAAUGCCUCCACCACUUGACCAUUAUGGAGAGUCAGGAGAAUGGAACACCAACCAGAAGUUUCACUUGGAAGAUCCAAGACCUGAAUAAGUUCGUGAAGCCGGCCAUGAAGACGCCUACCAUAGCCACUACCAUUGAGACAUUGAACUUGAAAUGGGCCAAGGACGUCGCCUCAUCCCUGUCGACACACUACCGAGCCAUGCUAGCGGAGAAACUGGAGUACUUGAAGUCGCGUCACUUUUCCAAGGAUGCUGUACAAGAGUACUCUAGCCACGCCCUAGCAUGGGCCAAGAAGUCCUACGGCAAGCGACUUCAGGAUAGUGUGAAGACAGAGUUCCACCGCCUACUGUCCACGGUCUCUAAAACUGUCACGCCCCCUCCCCCAUCACCCAUGCACAUUACGCACAACCUUCUCCGGGACACACCAAAACGAUACACACCCAACAAGAGAAAAUUAUCCCCUGGAGAAGGCACUUGCAUUAACACUCCCUCGAAGCGUGCAGCUAGAUCAACAAGUUCGCCCCGGGCUGUGUCUGGCUCACCUACUUCCUCGGGAUCUAUAUCGCCACUAAACGCCCUUGUCGACUGUCUGUCCCCUAGAUCGCCCAUCAUUCCUAACCCUAGAAUCGCCACCAGAUCUUCCACCAGAUGUAGGCGAUCACUCAACCUAUCCCUAAAGAGACCUCACAGCUACAAAGGUAAAGACGAGAAGGAUUUAUGGUUCCUACCACCCGUCAUGGCAAAGACCCUGGUUAUUGGAUCCUCUAAUCCUGGCUAG